AGAAAGAAGAUGGAAAUCUAAUAUCUCUGAGCACCUCAUAUUCCAAGGGGCAUGAGAGUUUUAUAUCAAUUGGUCCAACCUAUGGUAAAUCAGGAGAGAAUUUCAUUACUGUUGCUCCUUAUGACAAGGGUACCGAUCAUUUAAUAUCAAUGGGUUCAACAUAUGAUAAGGUGGAUUCAAAUAUUGCAUCAACAGUUCCAUCAUAUGACAGAGGAGAUUCCAGUUCUUUACCUGUGGGUCAAAAUCACCAUAACAAGGGUCAGAGCAGUACCAUAUCUUUUGGUGGUUUUCAUGAUGAUCCUGAAGCAAAUCCCUCUGGUGGAAUAAUUAGUGGCUAUGAUCUGUUGAUAGGAAACCAAAACUCAGCUCAAGGUUUGGAUGGUCAGAAUGAUCUGACUGAAACAAACACUGAAUCACUUGUAAAUAGCAUUCCAAAACUUAAUACUAAAAAUGAUAUUUUUGUUAAGAACAAAGAGCCUAAGACAACAACCAAGAAGGCUCCUACGAACAACUUCCCUUCAAAUGUCAAAAGUUUGCUGUCAACCGGUAUUUUUGAUGGUGUCCAGUUUGAAGAAUAUGCUUGGCAGAAAAGUCUUAAAGGAAUCAUAAAAGGAACUGGGUAUUUGUGUUCAUGUGAUGACUGCAAGCAGUCAAAGGCUCUUAAUGCAUAUGAGUUUGAGCGUCAUGCUGGUGCCAAGACAAAACACCCCAAUAAUCACAUAUACUUCGAGAAUGGAAAAACCAUCUAUGCUGUUGUUCAAGAACUGAAAAAUACUCCUCAGGAGAUGCUUUUUGAUGCAAUUCAAAAUGUGACUGGCUCUACCAUCAACCAAAAGAACUUUCGAGGAUGGAAAGCAUCAUACCAAGCUGCUACUCGGGAGCUUCAACGUAUUUACGGAAAGGAUGAAGUGAUAAUUCCAUCAUGAGUUCAGUUUUCUUCUGGAAAGCUCAGAACAGUGGUAGAUAUGUAAUCUGUUUAUAGUGAGUGAUUGGCAGCUUGAUAGUUUAGAAGACUGUUUAAAAUUGGGAAGUUUUAGCCGAUGCUUCUUGUAGGAACUUGAUUGUUUUUGUUUAUGGUAAUGAAGAUGUCUUUUCGUGGUUCGGUGUCAUUCUUUCCAUCACAAUCUGCUGAUGUGUUGUCACCUUUGUUCAAUUGCUUGCAAGCCAUGUUCCUUAGAGAAUCUUUUAAGAGAUUUCAUCCAGUAGGGUUGUCAUGUCAAUUUUGCGGGUGGUAACCCAUCCCAUCCAUACUAUGUAUGAAGUUGAAUAGAGGUUAUUACAUGGGAGAGAGGAAAUGGUAUAUUCAUGUUACGUGUGGAAAUUUGACAUCAGUUGUUGUCUGUC